GAGGAGGAGGAGGAGGAGGAGCGCGGAGGCUCUGCCGCAGCCCGGGCCGAUGGGCCCCGCCGCCCCGCUGCUGCCGGGGGGCUGACGGCGACCCCCGCCCGGCCCGAGGGGGGGGGACGCGCCCGCAGCGCCGCCGCCUCCGCCGAGAUUUUUUUUUUUUAAUUUUUAAUUCUUUUUAUUUUGGGGCGAUUUUGGAUUUUUUUGGGGGGGGGAUUUUUUCUCCCCUCCCGCCCAUGCUCCGGGCUGCCCCGCGGCGCUGCUCGGCGGCGGCUGCCGGGGGCGGCGGGACGCGCUGACCGGGCGCGGUUUUCUCGCCCCCCCCCCCGCCCCCCCCGCCCCCCCCCCCCAACCGGGGCCGCUCGGAAUUGGCGCAGCCGGAGCCGCCGCGCUGGGGGAGCUGCCGCCGCCCCCCCCCCCGCUGCUGCAUCGGGGCACCUCGGCACCCCCCCGCCGCCCCGGGCACCGCGAACCGCAGCGGCGGGACACCCCCCACCCCCAGCCGGGGGUGCCGCACCCCCCCGCGCCCCCCCGCGCCCCCCCCAGCCGGAUCGGGGGGGGGCGGCCCCCGCCGGCCCCCGCCGCGGGGGCGCAGAGGAAGGAUGCCCGGGCCGGUCCCCGCUGCCACCGGCCCCGCCGCCGCCUGAGCGACCCCCCCCCGCCCGGCCGGGACCCCCCCCCCCAUCCGGCGGCGGCCCAUGGGAUGUGAUGAGCUUCUCGCCGGUGCCGGCCUCAGCAGCGUAAGCCCCGGCCCGUCGCUCUCUGCAGGAUGGCUCGCUUCGGAGACGAGGUGCCGGCCCGCUACGGGGCCGGGGGCGGCGGGCCCGGCGGCCCCGGGGCCGCGGCGGGGGGCCGGGGUGCGGGGGGCCCGCGGCAGGGCGGCCCCCCCGGGGCGCAGAGGAUGUACAAGCAGUCGAUGGCCCAGCGAGCCCGCACCAUGGCUCUCUACAACCCCAUCCCCGUCCGGCAGAACUGCCUGACGGUCAACCGCUCCCUCUUCCUCUUCAGCGAGGACAACGUGGUGAGGAAAUACGCCAAAAAGAUCACCGAAUGGCCUCCUUUUGAAUACAUGAUUUUAGCCACCAUCAUCGCGAACUGCAUCGUCCUGGCGCUGGAGCAGCACCUGCCUGACGAGGACAAGACCCCCAUGUCGGAGCGGCUGGAUGACACGGAGCCGUACUUCAUCGGCAUCUUUUGCUUCGAGGCGGGGAUCAAGAUCAUCGCGCUGGGCUUCGCCUUCCACAAAGGCUCCUACCUGCGCAAUGGCUGGAACGUGAUGGACUUCGUGGUCGUCCUCACCGGCAUCCUGGCCACAGUGGGCUCCCAGUUCGACCUGCGGACGCUGCGGGCUGUGCGCGUGCUCCGGCCCCUCAAGCUGGUCUCGGGGAUCCCAAGUUUACAAGUCGUCCUGAAGUCCAUCAUGAAGGCGAUGAUCCCGCUGCUGCAGAUCGGCCUCCUCCUGUUUUUCGCGAUCCUCAUUUUUGCAAUCAUAGGAUUAGAGUUUUAUAUGGGCAAAUUUCACACCACCUGCUUCGACCUGGUGACGGACGAGAUCAAGGUGGAAGUCCCCUGCGGGACGGACGAGCCGGCCCGGAUCUGCCCCAACGGCACCAAGUGCAAGAAGUACUGGGAGGGGCCCAACUACGGCAUCACCCAGUUCGACAACAUCCUCUUCGCCGUCCUGACCGUCUUCCAGUGCAUCACCAUGGAAGGGUGGACAGACCUCCUCUACUAUAGCAACGAUGCCUCAGGGAACACUUGGAACUGGCUGUACUUCAUCCCCCUCAUCAUCAUCGGCUCCUUUUUUAUGCUGAACCUAGUGCUGGGGGUGCUGUCCGGGGAGUUUGCCAAAGAGCGGGAGCGGGUGGAGAACCGCCGGGCCUUCCUGAAGCUGCGGCGGCAGCAGCAGAUCGAGCGGGAGCUCAACGGCUACAUGGAGUGGAUCUCCAAGGCGGAAGAAGUGAUCCUGGCGGAGGACGAGACCGAGGGAGAGCCCCGGCACCCCUUCGAUGGUAAGUGCCCUGCCCCGGCGCGCGCCCCGGCGGGGGGGGCGGCCACCCCCGGGGGGGGGUCCCGGCGGGGACCCCCGGGUGACGCCCGCCUCCCUGUGCCCCUCGCCCCUGCGGGAGCUCUCCGGAGGGCCACCAUCAAGAAGAGCAAGACGGACCUGCUGAGCCCUGAGGAUGCUGAGGAGCAGCUGGCCGACAUCUCCUCCGUGGGCUCCCCCUUCGCCCGCGCCAGCCUCAAAAGUGCCAAGCUGGAGAACGCCACCUUCUUCCACAAGCGGGAGCGGAGGAUGCGCUUCCACAUCCGCCGCAUGGUGAAAACUCAGGCCUUCUACUGGACCGUGCUCAGUCUGGUAGCGCUCAACACCCUGUGUGUUGCUAUCGUUCACUACGACCAGCCAGAUUGGCUUUCCGACUUCCUCUACUAUGCAGAAUUCAUUUUCUUGGGACUCUUUAUGUCCGAAAUGUUUAUAAAAAUGUACGGGCUGGGGACGCGGCCUUACUUUCACUCGUCCUUCAAUUGCUUCGACUGUGCCGUUAUCAUCGGAAGCAUCUUCGAGGUGAUCUGGGCUGUUGUGAAGCCGGGAACAUCCUUCGGGAUCAGCGUGCUACGAGCUCUCAGGUUACUGCGCAUUUUCAAAGUCACAAAGUACUGGGCUUCCCUGAGGAACCUGGUGGUCUCCCUCCUGAACUCCAUGAAGUCCAUCAUCAGCCUCCUCUUCCUCCUCUUCCUCUUCAUCGUUGUCUUUGCCCUUUUGGGGAUGCAGCUCUUCGGGGGACAGUUCAAUUUUGACGACGGGACCCCUCCCACGAACUUUGACACUUUCCCAGCAGCAAUAAUGACGGUGUUUCAGAUCCUGACGGGCGAAGACUGGAAUGCGGUGAUGUACGACGGGAUCAAAUCUCAGGGCGGCGUCAAGGGGGGGAUGGUUUUCUCCGUCUACUUCAUCGUCCUCACCCUCUUUGGCAACUACACCCUCCUCAACGUCUUCUUGGCCAUCGCGGUGGACAACCUCGCCAACGCGCAGGAGCUCACCAAGGACGAGCAGGAGGAGGAAGAAGCCGCCAACCAAAAGCUGGCACUGCAGAAGGCGAAGGAGGUGGCCGAAGUGAGCCCGCUCUCCGCAGCCAACAUGUCCGUCACCAUCUCCAUCCCGGCUCCAUCCCGGCUCCAUCCCAGCUCAAUCCCGGCUCCAUCCUCACCUCCAUCCCAGCUCCAUCCCGGCUCCAUCCCGGCUCCAUCCUCACCUCCAUCCUGGCUCCAUCGUGGCUCCAUCCUCACCUCCAUCCUGGCUCCAUCCUCAGCUCCAUCCUCAGCUCCAUCCCGGCUCCAUCCCGGCUCCAUCCUCAGCUCCAUCCUCAGCUCCAUCCCGGCUCCAUCCCGGCUCCAUCCUCAGCUCCAUCCCGGCUCCAUCCUGGCUCCAUCCCGGCUCCAUCCUCACCUCCAUCCUCAGCUCCAUCCCGGCUCCAUCCUGGCUCCAUCCCGGCUCCAUCCCGGCUCCAUCCUCAGCUCCAUCCCGGCUCCAUCCCGGCUCCAUCCCGGCUGCACCCGGGCUCGGUCCCGGCGCGCCUCAGGCUCCCCGACACGGGCUGUGGCUCCCCGCCGCAGGAAGGAGCAGCAGAAGAACCAGAAGUCCUCGAAGUCGGUGUGGGAGCAGCGGACGAGCGAGCUGCGGAAGCAGAACCUGCUGGCCAGCCGGGAGGCCCUCUACAGCGAGCUGGACCCCGAGGAGCGCUGGAAGGUGCCCUACGCCCGCCACCUGCGCCCCGACAUGAAGACCCACCUGGACCGGCCGCUGGUGGUGGACCCCCAGGAGAACCGCAACAACAACACCAACAAGACGCGCCCCGGCGAGCCGCCGCCGGAGCCCCGCUUCAGCCAGCCCCGCGCCGAGGAGCUCCGCCGGCAGCCGCGCUACCCCGACCCCGGCGGUCCCCGCCCCGGGGACCCCCCCGGCCCCGAGGGCCGCCGGCCCCGCAGCAGCAGCCGGGAGCCCGAGCGGGAUCCCAGCCAGGAGCGCGCCUACGCCGACGCCGAGCGCCUCAAAGCCCUCGAGCGCCGGCAGCGGCCGGGCGGCAGCCGGGACGGGCGCACCGGCUCGCCCCAGCCCGAGCGCGAGCACCGGCGGCACCGGGCGCACCGACGGGCGGCCGAGGAGGGCGAGGAGGGCGGGCGGCCUGAGCGGCGGCCGCGGCACCGGGAGGGCAGCCGGCCGGUGCGGGCUGAAGGGGACGGGGAGCAUGGCGAUGGCGAGCGGCGCCGGCGGCAUCGGCACGCCGCGCCGGCUGGCUACGACGGCGAGGGCAAGCGGGACGACAAGGAGAGGCGGCACCGGCGGCGGAGGGAGAACCAGACCCCCGGGGUGCCGGCGGGCCCCAUGCUCUCCACCACCCGCCCCAUCCAGCAGGAUGUGGGGCGCCGGGAGCCCCCCGUCGCGGAGGACAUUGACAACAUGAAGAACAACAAGCUGGCCACUGCCGAGCCCCCCGUGCCCCCCACCAUGGGCAACCACACCGCCUGCCCCGCCGGGGUCCCCCCGCGUCGGCCCCCCACCACCCCCAACCCCCCUCCUGAAAACAGCCUGGUGGUCACCAACCCCGGCGCCCACAACAACCCCGCCAAGGGUGGGGGGAAGCCGGAGCACACAGCCGUGGACAUCCCACCCCCCCUCCCGCCGCCCCCCACCAACGCCCUGGUCCAAGUGAACAGGAACGCCAACCCCGAGCCGCUGCCCCGCAAGGAGGAGGAGGAGGAGAAGAAGGAGGAAGGUGACGGGCAGGACGAGAACGGCCCCAAGCCCAUGGUGCCCUACAGCUCCAUGUUCAUCCUCUCCACCACCAACCCGUUCCGCCGGCUGUGCCACUACAUCGUCAACCUGCGGUACUUCGAGAUGUGCAUCCUGAUGGUCAUCGCCAUGAGCAGCAUCGCCCUGGCCGCCGAGGACCCCGUGCAGCCCAACGCCCCCCGCAACAACGUCUUGCGCUACUUCGACUACGUCUUCACCGGCGUUUUCACCUUCGAGAUGGUGAUCAAGAUGGUGGAUUUGGGGCUGGUGCUUCACCAAGGUGCCUAUUUCCGGGACCUGUGGAACAUCCUGGAUUUCAUCGUGGUCAGCGGGGCGCUGGUGGCCUUCGCCUUCACUGGCAGCAGCAAGGGGAAGGACAUCAACACCAUCAAGUCCCUCCGUGUCCUCCGUGUCCUCCGGCCCCUGAAGACCAUCAAGAGGCUGCCCAAACUCAAGGCUGUCUUUGACUGCGUGGUGAACUCCCUGAAGAACGUCCUCAACAUCCUCAUCGUCUACAUGCUCUUCAUGUUCAUCUUCGCCGUGGUGGCCGUCCAGCUCUUCAAGGGCAAGUUCUUCUACUGCACCGACGAGUCCAAGGAGUUCGAGAAGGACUGCAGGGGGGAAUACCUGGUCUACGAGAAGGACAACGAGGUGAAGGCGCAGAAGCGGGAGUGGAAGAAGUACGAGUUUCACUACGACAACGUCCUCUGGGCGCUGCUCACCCUCUUCACCGUCUCCACCGGCGAGGGAUGGCCACAGGUCCUCAAGCACUCGGUGGAUGCCACCUACGAGAACCAGGGUCCGAGCCCCGGCUACCGCAUGGAGAUGUCCAUCUUCUACGUGGUCUACUUCGUGGUCUUCCCCUUCUUCUUCGUCAACAUCUUCGUGGCCUUGAUCAUCAUCACCUUCCAGGAGCAGGGGGACAAGAUGAUGGAGGAGUACAGCCUGGAGAAGAACGAGAGAGCUUGCAUCGACUUUGCCAUCAGCGCCAAGCCCCUGACGCGGCACAUGCCGCAGAACCGGCAGAGCUUCCAGUACCGCAUGUGGCAGUUCGUGGUGUCGCCGCCCUUCGAGUACACCAUCAUGGCCAUGAUCGCCCUCAACACCAUCGUCCUCAUGAUGAAGUUCUACGACGCCUCGGACGCCUACGAGAAUGUGCUGAAGAUGUUCAACAACGUCUUCACCUCCCUCUUCUCCCUUGAGUGUCUCCUGAAGAUCAUGGCCUUCGGCGUCCUGAAUUACUUCCGUGACGCCUGGAACAUCUUUGACUUUGUCACGGUCCUGGGGAGCAUCACAGACAUCCUGGUGACGGAGUUCGGGGUAGGUGGGAGCCCCUGCGGCCCCCGCAGCCCCGGGGCCGGGCCCCGCUCACCCCUCGUGUCCCCCCAGAACAACUUCAUCAACCUCAGCUUCCUGCGGCUCUUCCGGGCGGCGCGGCUCAUCAAGCUGCUGCGCCAGGGCUACACCAUCCGCAUCCUGCUCUGGACCUUCGUCCAGUCCUUCAAGGCUCUGCCCUACGUCUGCCUGCUCAUCGCCAUGCUCUUCUUCAUCUACGCCAUCAUCGGGAUGCAGGUCUUCGGCAAUAUCGGCAUUGAGGAGGAAGAUGAUGAGUCGGCCAUCACCCAGCACAACAACUUCCGCACCUUCUUCCAGGCCCUCAUGCUCCUCUUCCGGAGCGCCACGGGGGAGGCCUGGCACGAGAUCAUGCUGUCCUGCCUCAGCGGGAAGCCCUGUGACCAGAACUCCGGCAUCAAGGAGGACGAGUGUGGCAACGAGUUUGCCUACUUCUACUUCGUCUCCUUCAUCUUCCUCUGCUCCUUCCUGAUGCUGAACCUCUUCGUCGCUGUCAUCAUGGACAACUUUGAGUACCUGACGCGCGACUCCUCCAUCCUGGGCCCCCACCACCUGGACGAGUACGUCCGCGUCUGGGCCGAGUACGACCCCGCUGCCUGUGGCCGCAUUCAUUAUAAGGAUAUGUACAGUUUAUUACGCGUAAUAUCUCCCCCUUUGGGCUUAGGCAAGAAAUGCCCUCAUAGGGUUGCUUGCAAGCGGCUGCUCCGCAUGGACCUGCCGGUGGCCGACGACAACACGGUGCACUUCAACUCCACCCUCAUGGCCCUGAUCCGCACCGCCCUCGACAUCAAGAUCGCCAAAGGGGGAGCCGACAAGCAGCAGAUGGACGCGGAGCUCCGCAAGGAGAUGAUCGCCAUCUGGCCCAACCUCUCCCCCAAAAACCUGGACCUGCUCGUCACCCCCCACAAGUCCACCGACCUGACGGUGGGGAAGAUCUACGCCGCGAUGAUGAUCAUGGAGUACUACCGGCAGAGCAAAGCCAAGAAGCUGCAGGCCAUGCGGGAGGAGCAGAACCGGACGCCGCUGAUGUUCCAGCGCAUGGAGCCGCCGUCCCCGACGCAGGAGGGGACCCCAGGGCCGGACGCGGUGCCCGCGGCUGAGCCGGGCACGGGGCUGGCCGCGCGCGACGGGGGCCUGAAGGAGAGUCAGUCCUGGGUCACCCAGCGCGCCCAGGAGAUGUUCCAGAAAACGGGGACCUGGAGCCCCGAGCGGGGACACCCCGAGGACAUCCCCAACAGCCGCCCCAACUCCCAGUUGGUGGAGAUGCGCGAAAUGGCGAAGGACGGCUACUCCGACAGCGACUACCUGCCCAUGGAGGGGCACGGCCGCGCCGCCUCCAUGCCACGGCUCCCCGCCGAAAACCAGCAGAGGAGGAAGGUCCGACCCCGAGGGAAUAACCUCAGUACCAUCUCGGACACCAGCCCCAUGAAGCGCUCGGCCUCCAUGCUGGGCCACCCGCGCGCCCGGGGCAUCCGCCUGGACGACUACUCGCUGGAGCGCGUCAUCCCCGAGGACGGCCAGCGGCACCACCAGCGCCGGCGGGAACGGAGCCACCGCACCUCCGAGCGCUCCCUCAGCCGCUACACCGACGUGGACACAGGGCUGGGCACGGACCUCAGCGUCACGACGCAGUCAGGCGACCUCCCACCCAAGGAGCGGGACCCGGAGCGGGGCCGCGCCAAGGACCGCAAGCACCGGCACCACCACCACCACCACCACCACCACCACGGCCCCGGGGACAAGGAGCGCUGCCCCCCCGAGCGGCACGACUACGGGCGGCCCCGCUCCCGCGACCGCCGCUGGUCCCGCUCCCCCAGCGAGGGCCGGGAGCACACGGCCCCCCGGCAGGGCAGUAGUUCGGUGAGCGGCAGCCCGGUGCUCUCCACCUCGGGGACCAGCACGCCCCGCCGCGCCCGCCGCCAGCUCCCGCCGACCCCCGCCACGCCGCGGCCGCACGUCUCCUACUCCCCCGCCGCCCGCCGCCCCCCGCCCGCCGCGCCGCCCCCCGCCCGCGGGCCGCGCCGCCCGCCGCCCCCCGCCGCCGCCGCCCCCGCCUCGCCCCGCUCCGCCCGCCCCGCCGCCCGCUGGACCGACGCCCCCCGCGGGCCCCGCGACCCGGAGCCGCCGCUCGACGGACGCGUCCCCCGAGUCCCCCGGCCCGGCGGCGGCGGCGGCGGGGGGGGACCGGGCCCGUCGCCACCCCGGCCCGGCCGGCGGCUGCCCAACGGCUACUACCCGGGACACGGCGCCGGGAAGGGGCGGCCCGGCCUCCGCGACCCCUACAGCGAAACGGACGAUGACUGCUGCUAGCGGCGCCUCCGACGAGCUAUCGCGACAGGGCGCCGUCGCGACCGGCGCCGCGACAUAUCGCGGCGGGGGGGGUGGAGGCCACCCCCGCCCACCCCCGCCCGCCCGCCCGCUCCCGGGGCUAUGGAUGAGUUUUAUCAUCUGGAGGAGCCGCCGCCGCCGCGGGGGGCGGCCCCGGGACCCCCCCCAAGCCCCGCACGGGCGCGGCGCCCCGAGCCGGGAGGAGCCGCCGGGGCGGGAACGGGCCGGGGGCAGCGGGAAGCGGAGCCCAGGAAGGCUCCGAGCCGGGCACUGGCACCGGGCACCGGCGCCGCCGGACACCCCCACACCCCCCGCCCGAGGCACGGAGGCGGCGGGGCCGGGGCUGCCGCCAUUGCAUGAACCGAGUUACCGAAACCAGAAAUAAAGAGAAAAAAGACCAAAAAAAAAAAAAAAAGACAAAAAAAAAAGACCAAAAAAAACCAAACCGACCCAACCCGAAACCCCCAGAACAAACGAAACCAUUAAAAAAAAGAGGAAUUUUG